AUACACGUCAUGUUUUCGGGUUUCUGAAAAGACUGUGUAGUGAUGAAUUGUUGCAGUAUUUAAUGAAAACCUGGCAGCGGCAUCGUCGUGUUAGCUAACCGGACACCCCCGUGUUUCCGCAGCGCGGUGGUUCGGUCCGGCGACGUCCUGCGCGGGAGCGGAAAACGUGCGUCGGCUCUGCGGAAAAGGAGCGGCUGUGUUUACCGGUGAAAUAAUAUCUCAUACAAGCCUAAUUUCCCCCGCUACUAACAGCCUCCCUUCUCAUAAGGAGCCUACGCAGGCCGCAGCUUGGUUUUACAUCCAGCAUGGCGCGAGACUGGAAGCCAGGAGACCUGAUCUUUGCCAAAAUGAAGGGUUAUCCUCACUGGCCUGCAAGAAUUGAUGAAGUACCAGAUGGUGCCGUGAAACCAUCCAACAUCAAGUAUCCCAUCUUUUUCUUUGGCACCCAUGAAACAGCGUUUCUUGGUCCGAAAGACAUUUUUCCGUACCAACCAAACAAAGACAAGUACGCAAAACCCAACAAGAGGAAAGGCUUCAACGAAGGAUUGUGGGAGAUCGAAAACAACCCAAAGGUUGAGCUGACUGCACCCAAGCCCGUUCCUCCUCGCUCCUUCAUGGAAAAGGAUCUGGACAGCGGUGCGGACGGAGAAGAGGACGCAGACGACAAAGGAAUCAAAUCCAAAGUUCCAGGAAAAGAGGCUGAGCAGGAGGAGGAUGAUGAGGAGGAGGAGGAGGAGGAGGAAGGGUCUCUGAUGUCUGAGCAGGGUCCUCAGAACCAGGAUGUUUCUGCUCAGAAAGACCCGGCUGAUAUCUCAAAACCCAAGAGAGGCAGGAAGAAAAAGAGUGAGCAGGAGAAUGAAAAAGACGAGGAUCCUGGGAGUCCUGUGAGUCCAUCAGGUGGAGAGGGUCCUAAACGCAGAGGCAGGAAGCCCAAAACGGAGAAGCUGCUUCUGCUCCAGCAGGACCAGCACGGCUCCGGAAGCGAAAUGGAGACGAACGAGUCAGACAGGAAGCGAAAGAGGUCAGCGGACGACAAGCAGCAGAGCGGAGAGGAGGAAAAGAGGAAGAGGAGGGAGGGCAGCAAGGGGAAGGAGGCCGAGCUGAAAGAGUCCGAAGCCACGAAGAAGAAGCAGGCGAAGGACGACGGCUCCUCCGGCUCCGACGAUGAUGAGUCUCAGAAAAGCAAAGGCAGGAAGAAGCAGCAGAACUCGGAACCGGACAAAGACGCGCGGCGCUGGAAAGCAGACGAAUCGAGGGAGCCCGACAAAGAGGAUGUGAAGAAAACUGAGGUGGGACCCAAGAAAAAAGAAAUGUCCAUCGACCUGAAGCUCCAGAAACUCCACAGUGAGAUCAAAGUCUCACUGAAAAUCGACAACCCGGAUGUGAAGAAGUGCUUGGACGCCUUGGAUGAGAUCGGCUCUCUUCAGGUGACGACGCAGCACCUGCAGAGACACAGCGAACUCAUCGCCACGCUCAAAAAGAUCCGGAGGUUCAAGGCCAGCCAGGACAUCAUGGACAAGGCCACCAUGUUGUACAACAAGUUUAAGACCAUGUUCCUGGUGGGGGAAGGCGACUGCGUGCUCAGCCAGGUGCUGAACAAGUCCUUGGCCGAGCAGCGGCAGCAUGAAGAAGCCAAGAAGGGAGCGCUGAAGAGAGCCGAGCACGUCAAAGACAGCAAUCCAGACAAGGUGACCAACGGAGACGUCAGCCCCGGAGAGAAGAAGCAGGAGACGGAGAAAGAGAAGCUUGAAGAUGCCUCGGCAGGAGAGAAUCACAGUCCUCUGAAGGCUCAGGACUCCACCUGAACUUCCUGCCGACCCGAAGGAAGAGACCCGCUGCUGUACUGGAAACGGUUUCCGGUUUACUGAACUUUAGUGUUGCUGCUCCAAGGUUUCACUUCCCCAAUUAUGUCUUGCUGCAUAGUUUUAUUUUUGUACUCGGACACGUCGUGCUGCCUGCUGUCGGAUGUAUUUAAUUCAUGUCAGUGUAGAUUAAGCUGCGAUUGUGAAUGUUAAUGAGAAACAGGGUCUGGACCAUUUUAUUCCUUUUCCCCCCUUCUCCCCUUGAUCUUAUUGUGUUUUGUAGUCCCAUCAUUUCAUUUUUAAACUCUGGAAGUACCGAACCUCCCUGGACUUGAAGUACAGAUUCUGUAAAACGUCUGAAAAUAGCGGUUUUUACGCUCUGUGAAGCACAUUUAACAGGUCGUCCUUUCAGAUGCACAAACGGAAAACUGGAAAUUUGCCAAAGUUAGCUUAGCCAAGCAAGUGCUUUAUUUACCACCAUGUUCAAGUGUCUUCAUGUGUUUUUGGAAAUCUAGAUGUAAAUAAGAGUAUUUUGUGUCAUCAUCCAGUAAUAAAGUGGUAGCUACAACA